AAAGAUACGUAGAAAGAAAGAAAAUAAAAAAGUCGAUAAAACACACAUCACACAAGGUUAGAGAGUUCAGUUCAGUGACUCGUAUCCUUGGUGCUUGCAGCGUCGGGAGGUAGCGGCGGCGAAUAAAUUCCGAUUACUGUGUUUAUUCAUUCAACAAGAUGUCGAAGUUGCAGCAGUUGACAUCAAAAGUGUGUCAAGCAUCCCAAUUUAUAACCAAACAUGGAACUUCUUACCACAAGCAGCUGUUGGAGAAGAACAAGGAAUACAUUCAGGAACCUGCUACAGUAGAGAAAUGCCAACUUCUGGCCAAGCAACUAUUUUACACUCGCCUCGCUAGUAUUCCAAAUCGUUGCGAGUCCUUUCAUAAGGAACUUGAUUAUGUCAAGCAAAUCUGGAAGAAUAAGCAAGAUUUAAAGAUUGAAGAUGCAGGUAUUGCUGUUUUGUUUGGCCUGGAAUGUUAUGCGUGGUUUUGUGCUGGUCAGAUUGUUGGAAGGGGAUUUACUUUCACAGGAUACUAUGUCUGAUAGUAACCACUUUAUAAUGUUCGAUUUAGCGGGCUCUCUAUACUCAUAAAACCAGGAGUACUGUCAUUUAUAACAUUAUGCUGAUUUUGGGCAUUCUACAAGCAAUUUGUCAUUCUUUUCUGUGAGGAAAAAAAGGUUGAGAAACUAGUGGUUAAUAAGCCUCGGUAACCUCUUGUAUUUGAAGCGGGAUAUACAAUGCAUUCUUCUUUUAUCAUGUUAGAAAGCUAGCGGAUAAUUAUUUUCCUGUAAUUUUUUAAUCAUUUUUGCCAUUUUUAAUAAAUAUUAAUGUUUUUAGCUUUGCAUGAAAUACUACAAUGAGAAUAAAAACUGUUGAAUUUUGCUAG